AUGAUAACGAUGGCAGCAUUCAAAUUUGGCAUCAUCUGCCUUGCGGCGACCCUGGUCGAGGGAAACCCUAGGCUCCUCGCUCCAGUUCAGGACAUCAACCUUCCAGCCAGCAAGUCUGCCGCACAUCCGCUUGAGCAUCUGGGUGCCAACGGUCCUUGGUUCGCGGGACCCAACGUCAACGAUAUCUCUUCAGAUAUUCCCGAAAACUGCUAUGUUGACCAGGCGGCUUACGUCCUCCGCCACGGGUCACGAUACCCUGACCCUGGUGCGUACAAUGGAUGGGUCUCGAUGCAACAGCGAUUUCAAGCGGGAAAUUAUACUGCAUCGGGAAGUCUUGGCUUUUUGCCCGAAUGGCAAACAGUGUUGACCAAUCCCUCAUCCCAAAUUUCCAAUUUAAGCCCGACUGGGUACAAGGAACUCCACGACCUUGGCUACACCCUACGAACCAGGUAUCCAGAUCUCUACACUGAAGGCGAAGAUUUCAUGGUUUGGGCCAAUAACUAUUCCCGCGUCCUUCAAACUGCACAACUCUUUGUCCGUGGCUUCCUUGGAAUGAAUGCCACUUUGCUUGGGGAUGUGAUAUCUGUCACGUCUCGUGGCUUCCCCGGAGGCAUCGGCGACAGCUUGGCGCCAUCAGACAUGUGUCCAACAUUCGAGGACAAUGAGGGAGGGAAUGCUGUAACUCAGUGGAACAGCGUCUACAUCCUGCCUAUUCAAGCACGCCUGCAAGCACUCGUCGAGGGAAAUCUCACCCUUACGCCGGAUGACAUUUCCCAGAUUCCCUACCUAUGCGGUUUUGAAAGCCAGAUUACAGGACGGUUAUCACCAUGGUGCGAUAUAUUUACGGACGAUGAGUUUCUUCAGUAUGAAUAUUUUCAAGACCUCCGCUACUACUACGGUGUUGGUCCCGGAAGCCACGUUCCCAAAAAGAUGAUGACUCCCUUCCUUAAUGCUCUUAUGGGUAUUCUGGAUGAGGGUCCUUCUGUAACCGGCAAACGCGAAGAUGGAAGCUCCUUUAACCUACCAAAGCUUAUCAUGUCUUUCCUCAAUGACGGACAGCUCAACCAGUUGAUAACGGCUUCCGGAGUCUUCGACGAACAACAACCCUUAUCCAGCACUGAAAGAAAUGGCAACCGACAGUAUGUCAGCUCUCGUUUUACCACCAUGAGGGGUACGAUUGCUUUUGAGCGGCUCAACUGCCUCAUAGCUGGUAACAGUACGUCUGUCAACGCGACCCGUCAAGCCCAGUUGCCUAGAUCCGUUGGGAGAUUCAGCUCUGCGCAGCUUUCUUCCCCAUUACAAGGCUCUCAUAAUGAGACGUACGUGCGCAUCCGUCUCAAUGACGCUGUAUAUCCGGUGCCGUCUUGCAGGAGUGGACCCGGCUCCUCAUGCCUGUUGAAGGACUACAAGCAAUACGUAGCUACAAAGCUGGAAGCUCAGGGCAACUGGAUCGAGACAUGCAACGUUACCACCCCUGGGGCUCCAACAGAAGUCAAAGGGGCAAGCUUUUUCACUGAUCUCAGUAGUCCGUGGUUGAGUCAUGUUGCUCCUUGA